CAGAGGCGGAGCCAAGGCUAAUGGCGGCGUCCACGAGACCGGCUGAAGGGGUAGUUAAGGAGGCCGUGGCGGAAGAGGACCCGCGAGUUUUUGACCCUGGGGCUGCCCCCUUCGGAAAUUUCCCUCAUUAUUCCCGCUUCCACCCUCCAGAGCAACGGCUCCGCCUCCUGCCCCCGGAGCUGCUUCGACGGCUCUUCCCUCAGAGUCCCGAGACAAGGCCGAUCCUGGGGCUCGACGUGGGGUGUAACUCCGGGGAUCUGAGUGUGGCUCUAUACAAACACUUCCUUUCCCUACAUGAUGGGGAGAUCUGCUUAGAUGCCUCAAGAGAACUCCGUCUCCUCUGCUGUGACAUAGAUCCAGUCUUGGUGGAGCGAGCUGAAAAAGAAUGUCCUUUUCCUGAUGCCUUGACCUUUAUCACCCUGGACUUCAUGAAUCAAAGGACCCGGAAGGUUCUCUUGAACUCUUUCUUAAGCCAAUUUGGACGUUCAGUUUUUGACAUUGGUUUCUGCAUGUCAGUGACCAUGUGGAUUCAUCUAAACCAUGGGGACCAUGGCCUGUGGGAGUUCCUGGCCCAUCUUUCCUCUCUAUGCCGCUAUCUCCUUGUGGAGCCUCAGCCUUGGAAGUGUUACCGGGCAGCUGCAAGGCGUCUUCGAAAGCUGGGACUCCAUGAUUUUGACCACUUCCACUCCCUUGCCAUCCGAGGUGAUAUGGCCAAUCAGAUUGUGCAGAUCUUGACCCAGGACCAUGGCAUGGAAUUAGUAUGUUGCUUUGGCAACACUAGUUGGGACCGAAGCCUUCUGCUCUUUAGGACAACACAAACUACAGAGACUCUUCCAAUCCCUGAAUCACUGACAGAAGAAGGGAAAGAAAAGAACAGAUUAAGAUUCUGAAGGAGGGCGGCGCCUGUGGCUCAGUGAGCGGGGCGCCAGCCCCAUAUACCGAGGGUGGUGGGUUCAAACCUGGCCCCGGCCAAACUGCAACAAAAAAAUAGCCGGGCGUUGUGGCGGGCGCCUGUAGUCCCAGCUACUCAGGAGGCUGAGGCAGGAGAAUUGCCUAAGCCCGGGAGUUGGAGGUUUCUGUGAGCUGUGUGACGCCACAGCACUCUACCAAGGGCGAUAAAGUGAAACUCUGUCUCUACAAAAAAAAUUAAAAAAAAAGAUUCUGAAGGAAGAGAGAUGGGAGAGCAGGAAGACCAGGAAAGAAAUAUCGAAAGAGUUUUAUAUUUAGAAUCAGGAUCACUUUCCUUAACUAUUUAACAUAAGCAGGCAGCCUUAAAAUCUGGCAGAAACUUUUGGCAAAAUGGGUAAGGUGUCUGUCAGGAAGGGCUGUGUUAAGUCAUCUACCCUCCAAUCCAUUCUCUGCCUUGCAGCCACAGUUUACUCAAUCUGUGCAAUUGAAAUACACAUAACACGGGCUGCGCCUGUGGCUCAAGGAGUAGGGCGCCGGUCCCAUAUGCCGGAGGUGGCGGGUUAAAACCCAGCCCCGGCCAAAAACCACAAAAAAAAAAAAAAAAAAGAAAUACGCAUAACACCAUCCUUUUCCUGUGCCCAAAUAAGCUAAAGGAUGUGAAAGUAUUUUGUGGAAUAUAGAAUGUUAGACAAAAAUAAGGUGUUAUUAUACUCUGUAACCAUGCCACAGAUCACAACUACGUUUGUUAGACCAAAGGCUUAUGAGAAAAAUAUUGCAUCUUGUAGAAAACAUCCAUCUUACUACCUCUAAUAAUUUUCUAGGAUGAGGAAUUUAAAAGUUCAGCUUCAGUGCUACAAAGUUUUUUAAAGGAAACAACAUCAGGAGGGAGAGAUAUGGAGCCAGUGGAAAUGAGGCCAGUUUAUGCUGGUCUCAGAGUGAUCCCAGUGGUUACAGAGCUGAAUUUACUCACUUCUCUCUAGAUUUUAAUUUAGGAACACUUUGAAACCUUAUGACCCUGGUGGGUUUUCUCUCCUAUCACCUUUCACCAACACAGUGCAAAGAAAUUUAUGUGGGGCUGUGGUGGGCUAAUAGUACCCUAAGAUGUCCACAUCCUAAUCCCUGGAAUCUGUGAAUGUUACUAUAGAUAGUAAAAGGAAUUUUGCAGGUGUAAUUAAGCAUUAAGCCUCUUGAGACGAGGUGUCCCCUGUGGCUAAGUGAGUAGGGUGCUAGCCCCAUAUAUCGAGGAUAGCAGGUUUGAACCCGGCUCCAGCCAAACUGCAACAACAACAACAAAAGCAUCUUGAGAUGGGGGAAUUAACUUGGAUAAUCAGAAUGGACCCUAAUAUAAUCAUAUCUUUAUAAGAGGGAGGCAGCGGGAGAGAUUUGACCCACAAUAGAUGUAGUAACCGAAGCAGAAGUUGGAGUGAUGUGAUGAAGGACUGCAAACCAAGGAAUGCAGGUAGCUUCUAGAAGUUAAAAAAGGCAAGGAAAUAGGUUCUCCCUGGGAGCCUCCAGGAGGAUUUCAACCCUACCAACACCUUGAUUUUAGAUUUUUGACUUUCAGAACUGUAAGAGAGGGUGCCUGUAGCUCAGUGGUUAGGGCACUGGCCACAUGCUCCAGGGCUGCAGCAUGGUGGGUUUGAACUGGCCUGGGCCUGCUAAACAGAACAAUGACAAAAUAGCCAGGCAUGGUGGUAGGUGCCUGUAGUCCCAACUACUAGGGAGGCUGAGGCAAGAGAAUCGCUUGAGCCCAAGAGUUUGAGGUUGUUGUGAGCUGUGAUGCCAUGGCAGUCUACUAAGGGUGACAAAGUGCGACUGUCUCAACUGAAAAAAAAAAAAAAAACUAAGAAUAAAUGUGUAUUGUUUUAAGCCA